AAUACAUCACGACGCGAUCCCCAACUGUAACUGGAAAAGCAUCAAGAUGGCACCAUCGAAGCCUGCCCAGGCUAACGCGCCUUUUGCGAAGGAUGAGCGAGUACUAUGCUUCCAUCAUGAGAUGCUGUAUGAGGCGAAGAUUCUGGAUGUCCGAGCAACAGAGGAUAAGGAGAGUUGGCAGUACAAAAUCCACUACAAGGGCUGGAAGAAUACCUGGGAUGACUGGGUCCCGCAAGACCGGGUGCGCAAGUUCACGCCAGAGAACAAAGAGUUGGCUGCACAGCUGCAUAACCAAAUGAAGUUGUUGCAGCAGAAGGCUCCGAAGUCUGUUGGCAAAGGUCCCGGCAAGAGAGGUCAAAAUGGUUCAGAUUUCAGCUCUAGAAAUGAUAGUGAAGAGCUAGGUGGUAGCGUUGCGGCUGCACCAGGCAGAGGAGGCCCAAGGCGGAAUCGGGAUUAUGAUUUGGAACAUGAAGAAUCAUUUCACGCCAAGCCUGCUGUCAAGCUCCUUAUACCCGACCACAUCAAAGCAAUCCUCGUCGACGACUGGGAGAACGUCACGAAAAAUCUCCAGCUCGUCCCACUUCCCGCCGCUCAACCUGUUAAUGCUAUUCUCAAUGAUUACCUGCAGUACGAAAAGCCACGCAGACAAGCUGGUAGCGCCUCGGCCGACAUCUUGGACGAAGUUGUUGCUGGUCUGAAGGAGUACUUUGAGAAGUGUCUGGGCCGAAUUCUCCUGUACCGCUUCGAACGCCAACAAUACAUUGAGGUCCGUGAAGGAAUUACCAAGGGAACGGGUGAUUUUGCAGGGAAGGGUCCAGGUGAUAUCUAUGGUGCGGAGCAUUUGUGCCGUCUUCUCGUCUCCCUGCCAGAGUUGAUCGCCCAGACCAACAUGGACCAUCAAUCUGUCAACCGUCUCCGUGAGGAACUCUCGAAGUUGACCAACUGGCUUGGACGAAAUGCUCUUGUUUAUUUUGUCAACGAGUACGAGACCCCCGGCCAAGAAUAUACCGAGAAGGCGAAGAAUCUCUAGGUGGUUUCGUAUGGUAGCAUUGGCAUGGAGAACGGCGUCACCUGAUAUUGCGGUAUUGGAAAAUGGGACUGUGGAGCGGAAGACUCGUUCGUCUGCCAGGUCUCAUUUACCCUGCGUGCUCUGAGCACAUCACAUUGCGUUCUUUUUCUCCUUUCUGUCGUAUUACACUUUUCCUUGCAACACAUCAUCGCAGGCACAUCUGGUGGUUGAAGGAGCCUUGACUCGACUUUCGCCUGAUUCCUGCACUCACACACC